AUGUCGUACGAAGGCCAAUCGCACCACCCUCACAAACCCGGGAACCCCCCGAACGCGCACUUGAUCGGCGUCGCACCCUCACUCGGCGAUCGUGGUGACGCUGGGCACAGCUACGUCCCACAGGGGCUGCAACUCGUACAGGCGCAUUGGUUCGUACGACACGGCGAACGGUCGCGUGAGUGAACCCAUCGAUAACUGAGUUGUUGGACGUCUGUCUGGCGCUGACCGCACCUCUUACGACCUCAACACUCGCUCCAAUCACAUCUUUGUCCAACACAGCCGUCCGACAACGCCUAACAGGCUUCGGUGACAUCCCCGCCAUCUUCCCCCUAUGCGCGAUCGGCCGGUCCUUUUCCACCGCCGUGCUGUCCCUCACCAACUCCGACCCGACCGCCUCAAGCUUAAGUGCGACCCCUGAACUCGACACCGGCUCCAAUCCCACCUCUUCCCGACAACCCGGGACCCAUCCCGAUUCUCUGCCCUGGAAAUCCCACACAGGUCAAGUCUUGAGCAAACGCCUCCUCGGAAUCCGUCGCCACGCCGAAGAGAUGGGGUCUCGAAACGUCGCGAACGGAGGUAGCCCCGCCGACUGUUACUGGGGAGAAUUGACCGACCUCGGACGCGAAUCGACGCUGAAGCUCGGUGCUCGUCUACGCGCUCUCUACGUCGAUCGACUGGGCUUCCUCCCCGAGACCCUUCCGGAUCUGCCCGUGGAAGAGUCACCGGUGUAUUUCAGGAGUACGGGGAUGCCGAGGACGAUCGAGUCCUUGCAUCAGAUCGUCGAGGGGUUGUUCCCAACCGGGUACAGAGCAGGACUCGUCGAUUACACGGUCCGGAACCCGAAUGAUGAGAGGUCCGUCUCGGCGCAUCGACUGUAGCCCGUCACCACCGCAGAGGGCUGAUGUACGUGAUGUUGUUCGCCGCAGUCUUUAUCCGAAUUCGUUGUGUGCUCGCAUGCGUCAGCUGGACCAGAUCUCGAUCGCCAUGGCAGCGAAAAAGUACAAUCCGACACUAGAACCGCUAGACGCUACCCUGGUCAAGUAUACCGAGACGUAUGUUCCCCCUUCUGACCUUGCGUCUGCCCCUCCCUCGGCUGACCCUACAUCUCCGCCAACAGUCCCCUCCGAAUCGAUUCCUCCCCUCGAGCAAACGGCAUUCUCGACACCCUCUACGUCUGUCUCGCCCACUCCAUACGCACCCCCUCGGACCUCUCAGAUCCAAAACUGCUCCAGACGCUCGAAUCCGCCGUCGUGCACGAAUGGUUCGAUUCCUACUCGACGCUCGAAUUUACCAAACUCUCAAUGGGUCGACUCCUAGGCGACCUCAAAGCUUCGCUCGUGUCCAAGAUCGCCGAUCCGGAGGAGAAGAAGAACAAGUUGCGACUGGGGGUGUACUCAUGUCAUGAUACCUCUUUGGGAGGGAUCUUGAACGCUCUACAAGUGUUCGAUGGCCGAUGGCCACCUUUUACGAGUCAUAUCUCCGUCGGUGAGUUCGGGACCAGGAACCGAUUGAAGCGUAUAUGCGCAGUAAUCUGACCACCAACCAAUUUUCCUGCUUUAUCGGACUUCUCACAGAACUAUUCCGCGACAGCGACGCCACUCCCACCUCCUCACCUUCGACCUCGACCUCGACCUCAAAACCCUCUCUCACCUCCUUCCUCACCUCCUACCUCCCCUCUUUACUCCUCCCCAACCCCGCAACCCCCUCAACCUCAAAGCAGCACUACGUCCGCCUCGCCUUCAACGGCCGACCGCUCCACUUACCCGCCUGUUCGUCCCCCUCUUCGCACCUCCCCGGAUCAGAAGGGACGAUCUGUACGUUCGAGGCGUUUUCUCAAGCCGUCGAGCGGGUCGAAUUGACGGGCAAGGAAUGGGAGGAAGGGUGUAAAGUGAAGGAGACGGUCAAGAUUGUUGAUAAAGUUGGUUAA